UUUAGUUUGACCGUUGGACCGUUGGACCGUCACCGGCCACAGGUCUCCAAUCCUGUUUGGGGGUGAUGAAACUCUUCGCUCCCUUGGAAGACUUGAAGCUCUUGAUAUCUACGAGUGAUGAAGAUCGGCUCUCCGCGCUGGACGGUGUGAGGGCUCUUGCCCUGCUCUGGGUCUUUGCUCUCCACAGCGCACAAAUUCCCAUGUGGGUACCCCCAUCAAGCAUGAAGAUCAGUGAGGUCUAUAUCGAGCUGAAACAACAGUGGUGGUUCCAAAGCACGAUUCAAGGUGGCACGGGAGUGGAUGUCUUCUUUGUGCUGAGCGGCCUGUUGAUCAGCAGCGGCUAUCAGAGAAUCAAGGACCCCUCCUUCUUCAAGCGCUACGGAUCUUUCCUUUCGAGGCGCUUCUUCAGGAUAUGGCCUAUGGUUUUUGCGGCGGUGAUGACCAGCGUUUUGAUGGGCUUGUGUAUCUCAAGUUACAGCCUCAAGAAUGCGGAGAGAGUUUGGGCAUACCUGCUUUUAGUGCCAAACUUUGUUCCGCAGAGCUUGAAGAAGUCAGACAUCAGUCAGUUGUGGAGUGUUGGGGUUGAGAUGCAAAUGUACUUAAUCACUCCAUUUGUUGUGGACCUUCUGGUGAGCCGAGAAACUGGCAAAAGACGUUCCUGGGCCUUCUUGGGAUUAGCAAUGAUCUCGGCCUGCUGUGUGGCGUUCAGAGUUUACCUGGUCUAUGGCCCACCACAGAACUCCGUGGUAGACACCUGGCCGCCUCCUCCUCUCUACGUCAACCCGCUGGCGCGGUUGUCUCCUUAUGCCAGCGGCAUUGCCGUACACUUUGCUCUGAGUGAUUGCCAGGAGGGACAAAGUGGAGGUACCUGGCGACGGCUUUGCUCUUUCGUGGUCGAUGUGUUGGCGGUCAGCGUCCUUGCUUUGUCCUUCUUCAUUGGUUCGAAAGUUCUAAAACCACCCUUCUUCACCACCAACAUUUUUUCGCCUCUCGCGAAUGAGCUCAUGGUGAUUACUUGGCCGCCUCUCUAUGGAUGGUGCCUUGCUCGUGCGAUCUUCCGUGCGAUCACUGCGCCGAAAGGGAAAGAUCUCAGUGAAUGGUUCAACUUUUGGUGCUGGUUCCGGGCAUUUUUGAGUUCUCGCAUUUGGACUCCUCUAGCUAUUCUUUCAUAUGGUGCCUAUGUCUUGCAAUUCAUCAUCGGUUGUUGGGCUUUGCCAUAUUUCCUAGAUGCCGUCAACCUGAGCUUUUCAGGUCUCACUCGAGAUGAUGUGCUUCCUGCCCUGUGGCGAUAUGCCGUGGUCUUUCUGCUCUUCACGCUGAUCGGCUAUGCAUUGGCGCUCCCUUACCAUCUUUUUGUGGAGAAGCCAGGCAUGAGAUUAGGAAAGGUGCUCAGUGACGUGAUAUCCAAGUCCAGACGAGCCGUAGAGGCCGUGGAGGAAGGAAAGGUUCACUCUUCCAAGGGCCAGAUUUCCAAGGGCCAGAUGGAAGCAGACCUUGAAGUAGCGGGCGCAUAGCGAAGCGCUAUGGCAUAGCAGACCCGCCUGCGAGAACUCACUUAGCGAUGAGGUCGAAGGUCAAGCAGUGUAAAGAUCCCUCAAAUUUCUCCAUUUGCAUGGCACAAAGUUGAUU